CCUACUUCAGCCUACAUGAGUAGUUAGUGACGGUUGGUCGGUUUGUUUGUUUGUUCUUUGACAGCGGUGUUCUUGUAUCCAGAUGUUUUAGCUGCCAAGUGUGAAGAAGUUUUGGAAAGUAGGAAUUUGAAUUUCUCCUCAUUCUUGCAGUUUUACCAAUAUAAGUUUUGAGAAAAUGAUGAGGACAGGAGGGAUAUUGAAAUUGGUAGUCCUGCUUGGUGUCAUCUUUUUGGCAGCAUUCCUGGCUUUUCAGCUCUUGGAACUGAACACGGAUUUUAAUCUGUCACGCGUGUUAGUAAAAUCUGAGAUCAUGGAAGUGGCUACUAAGCCAGUUCGUUACAAAUGUGGCCUGUAUAAGCCCUGUCCUGAACACCAUUUCUCUUUCAAAAUGGUCAGUGGAGCUGCAAGUAUUGUUGGGCCCAAAAUCUGUCUAGAGGAUGAAAUAUUGAUGAGUGGAGUAAGGAACAACGUGGGAAGGGGUUUGAACAUUGCCCUAGUCAAUGGAAACACUGGCAAGCUCAUCAAGACGGACUCUUUUGACCUGUGGAGUGGAGAUGUGAACCCACUUAUCCAGUUUUUGAAGACUAUUGAAGAUGGAACAAUUGUUAUGAUAGCUACUUUUGAUGACUCUUCUACAAAACUUAAUGCUGAGGCAAGGAAGUUAAUAUCCACAUUAGGCAGCUCCUAUAUCAAUUCGCUAAGCUUCAGGGACAACUGGGUCUUCGUUGGAGGAAAGGGGAUCAAAACAAAGAGUCCUUUUGAACAGUACAUUAAGAACAAUGCUGAGACCAACAAGUAUGAAGGCUGGCCAGAAGUUCUGGAAAUGGAAGGAUGCAUUCCUCGGAAACAGGACUGAUGUCUGCUAGAUCACACUCUACUUGGACCAAAUGAUGUAGAUUCUCUACGUGUCCAGUCAGUCAAAACAAAAGCACUUCCACAGAAUUAACUUUUUUAUAUGCAAAAGAUCUUAACUUAUCAACUUGAUGAAUAUGCAAUCUUGAAGCCAGUCUCCAACCUGAUGCACUGCAUUCAUAUGGUAUUUCAUAGCAACUCACGAUUCUGAAAUUAUGUAUCAAUCAUAGAAUUACGUAAGGAGUGUCAUAGAGAUAUAAUUUUGAAAAUUGGUAAUUUUUUUUUUACAAGUAUGUUAACAUUGCCCCGUUAUGAGCAUAGCUAAGGAAUAAAUGUGCAAACUGGAAAGUAAAACAUUCACAGGUCAGACAUGAGAAUAACAAUAUAAAAAUGGUAGUUGUGCUCAGUAUUGGUGGAAAUAUGGUUUUAUUUAAAAAAAAAUUUUAAAUGUAUUAUACCAUUUUUAAAAAAGUGUUUACUACUUUUUGUGCUGACAAUGUGGAAGUUGUGCAAACAGCUACUACUACUGCUUCUUGGGUGGGGGUUUCUUUUUACGUACAUUCUGAGAAAGUGGUUACCUGUGUGUUUUAGCCCACUCUAAUUAUUUAACUCUGAGCAUGUAGUAAUGUAUAGAACAGCAGCAUUGUGGGGAUUUUUUUUUUUUUCUUCUCAGAAACAAUCAUGAAGAAUCAUUUUGGUUGAGGUUCAUUAAUUCACCUUUCAUUAAUGUGCUUAUUGCACUUUAAUCUAGCUUACAGAGUUAAUUCUUCUAAGACAGAUGUUUGUGAAAAUUAUGUUCAAUUUCUUUAAAUGCUCCAUUGCUCAUAUUUUCAGUGUUUGUAAGGAUUUUUCAUGGCUUAGACUUUAAAAAAAUUAUUUGGGUGCAAGUGAAAGCUAUUUUAUGAACAGAUGCAGCUCUGCACUUUUAUUUAUUUUAUAUUGAUUGCCAGCUUAAUUGCAACAGUAUUGGAGGGUCAUGCAAUGAUUAAUUGCAAAAACAUCCUGGAGGACAUUUCUGAUGGGUUUGAGCCUGUGCCACUUUUAGUUAUUUCCAUAACCUGUAGCAUCUGGUUCUAUAAAUUUGUUAUGCAAAAUGAAUCACCUACAUGUAUCUUUGCAGGAUUGUACAGACAAUAUAUUGCUAUAUAAAAAAUUUGCAUUAUCAACAGCUCUGUGUGGCACUAAACAGAUUCAGAGAAAUAUUGUCCUUUGCUGUGAAGUCCAGUCUGGGACAUGCUCCACCCUUAUAAUAAUGGUUUUGAAAACUACCAGUCUCUUAUAAAAGUUGAGCAGCUCUUGUGUAUCCUCCAGUCUCCUUACACCUAGACAUACAUGGAUCAGCCAUAACAUUAAAACCACUUGCCUAAUAUUGUGUAGGUUCCCCCUUGUGCUAUCAAAACAGUGCUGCCCUAUCAAGGCAUGGACUCCACAAGACCUCUGAAGGUGUACUGUGGUAUCAGGUGCCAAGAUAUUGGAAGAAGAUCCUUUUAGUCCCAUCAGUUGUGACUUGGGGCCUCCAGGGAUCAGACUUGUUUGUACAGCACAUCACACAGAUGCUUGAUUGGAUUGAGAUCUGGGGACUUUUGGAGGCCCUUGAAGUCAACACCUUGAACUCUGUUGUUCCUCAAACCAUUUCUGAACAAAUUUUGUAGCUGAAAGAGGCCACUGCCAUUAGGGAAUACUGUUGCCAUGAAGGGGUGUACUUUGUUGCAGAACCAUGUUUAAGUUGGUGGUAUGUGUCAAAGUAACAACCACGUGAAUGGCAGGACCCAAGGGUUCCCACCAGAUCAUUGCCCAGAGCAUCACACGGACUCUGCCAGCUUGCGUUCUUCCUGUAGUGCAUCCUGGUGCCAUGUCUUCCCCAGGUAAGCAAUGCACAGGCACCUGGCUAUCCACAUGAUGUAAAAGAGAGCAUGAUUCUUCAGUCCAGGCCACCUUCUUCCAUUGCUCCAUGGUUCAGUUCUGAUGUUUACAUGCCCAUUGUAGGCGCUUUGGUGGUGGACAGGGGUCAGCAUGGGCACUCUGACUGACUGGUCUGCGGCUACACAGCAAGUUGUAAUGUGGUACAGUAGCUCUUCUGUGGGAUUGUACCAGACAGGUUAGUCUUCGUUCCCCAUGCUAAUGAAUGAGCCGUGGGUGCCCAUGACCUGGUCACUGGUUCACAGGUUGUCCUUCCUUGGACUACUUUUGGUAGGUAUUGCCUCCAUAGUGAGAAGACCCCACAAGACCUGCCAUUUUGGAGAUAUUAUGACCUAGUCAUCUAGCCAGUCACAACAAAGGCUGGUGAUUCUUUUCACACUUUAUACUUGUGACCAUCACCACAGCUGUGGAAAUGCAAAUGUCAGUGUAACUUUCACUUUUAAUAUUUAAAUUUGCAGUCUUUUUUUUUAAUGUUUGUUUAAAAAAAAAAUACAUGCGUGACUGAUUUGGUGUGUGACGACAGUAGGUCAUUCAGUCUUAGUAGGGAAUUGUGUAUUGGAGGAAAACAGAUUCCUUCAUCUGCUGCUGUGUUGCAGCUGGUCAAAUGUAGAGUGCCACAUUGUUUUGUUUCAACUGAAUUUAAUGUUUUAAAAUAAUUUAAUUGAAAUCUGUUGGAUAAACUUGACCCUAUCCCUGAA